GUUGGUUACCCACAUAAUCCCAUAGGCCAUAAGUCUUAAUUUUUGGCACCAUCUUCCCCUUUAUAAACAACACACUUUGUCCUUUAUUUCCAUCGUACACCACUGAAUAUUAAAAAAACUCCUAAUUUAUCUAUCAGCAGCCAAAAGUGAGAUUUUGAGAAGGAACUAAUUAAAUUCCAAGCACAAUAUUCAAGAAAAUGAAGAUGUUAGCUAGUGCAAUCUUUGUGGUUAUGGCUCUGUUUUCAAUGCAAGUUACUGGUCAAUCAGAUAAUUGCCAACAAGUGAUUGUUGGAUUAGCACCGUGUUUGCAAUAUAUACAAGGGAAUGCUACAACACCAUCAUCAGGAUGUUGCACUCAACUAGCCACUAUUGUGAAAAAUCAGCCACAAUGCUUGUGUCAAGUGAUUAAUGGCGGUGCUGCCUCAUCUUUAGGAAUUAAUGUUAAUCAGACACAAGCUAUGGCUCUUCCUAAAGCUUGUAAUAUCCAGACUCCCUCUGUUAGCCUUUGUAAAGCUACGACUCCAUCUGGUUCUGCAGGGUCUCCUUCAGGUGGAUCUAAGGGUCAGCCAAGUGGAAAUUCAGGAAACACAGUCAAGCUGCCAUACUCUCUCUUGUUUACCCUUGUAGUUGCAGUGUUCACCUCCAUUUGAGCUCCAUUAUUGCGUUGUUUGCAGCGUGUUUAGAGUACCUUGGAGUAUGGAUUUGGCACUAUUUGGUUAUUCUUUUUUAUAGUUUUUAUUUACUUUCUCGAUUUGAUGUAAACUUUGUAAUACACCACACUAAGGCAGAGCCUUUGAUGUACUCUGUUAAAUUUUAGUUGUAUUAAGAUUUGAUCGAGAUUAAUUUCA